GCAAUACAAAGAUGUUAAAUUUUAUAGUGGCUUACUAUUGCAGUGAAAACCCCAUAUAGAAUCGAUCGACCAAAAAAUGUCUUCAAUAGCCAUCGUUCAGGUAUCUUGUAGAUGCCCGCGGUUGGGGCGGAAGCUCAUAAAUACGUCGCGGGUGCUGACCACUGGCUGGUUGCGCGCAAUGGUCGACACACUUCAGGUGCAGGCCGACGGUCAGAAGAAACCUGCUAAAAAGAAUGGGUCAGAGCCAGGGUGCAGCUUGCGUAUUGGACUUCUACACAGCUGCAAUGCAUCUUUGGUAUUUAUGGCGCACCGGCGUUACUCUUCCUAUGAGAAGACUUCAACGCAAAUUCUGUCAAAGCUGUUUCCGCAAACCUCUGCGGAGCCCAAUGACGAGGAAAGUCGUGAGCGGCGCAAGCGGGAGGAGGAGGAAGAGAUGAAGGAAAUGGAGCGGGCUUGGAAGCGGAUGAAACUCGGCUUUGGACUCUGUGGUAUAGGAGGCUUGCUUUUCUCAUUUUGGGCCAUAUUUUACUUUGGGAAGCCUGCACUGGAUAAGCACGGAAACAAUGUGAUGGACGAGUUUAGUGAAAUGCCACUGAUGCAGCAAUAUAUGGCUCGAACCUGGAAGUCGGUAAACCACUUCCAACGAUUUAUACAAGAACCGUCUAGUCAGAAGCUGCUUCCUGAACCCCUUCAGGCGCCCUAUGUGCAGCCUGCGUAUACUCUGGUACUUGAGAUCAAGGACGUGUUGGUACAUCCUGACUGGACUUAUGAGACUGGCUGGCGCUUUAAGAAGCGUCCGGGUGUCGACGUUUUUUUAAAAGAAUGUGCCAAGUAUUUUGAAAUCGUUGUUUACACAGCGGAACAAGGAAUUACGGUAUUUCCGCUGCUCGACGCCCUUGAUCCAAACGGCUAUAUAAUGUAUCGCUUGGUUCGUGACUCAACACACUUUGUUGGUGGCCAUCACGUGAAGAACCUUGACAAUCUGAACCGGGACCUAAAGCGUGUGGUUGUCGUAGACUGGGAUCGAAACGCCACUAAGUUUCAUCCUUCAAAUUCUUUCUCAAUUCCGCGGUGGUCUGGGAACGACAAUGACACGACUCUGUUUGAUCUUGUGUCGUUUCUUAGUGUUUUGGGCACCAGUGAGAUCGAUGACGUCCGGGAGGUGCUGCAGUACUACAAUCAGUUCGAUGACCCCAUAUCCCAGUUUCGGGAAAACCAGCGAAAACUAAGUGAAAAAAUGCAGGCCGAUGAGCAGCAAAAGCUUAGCAAGUCUAAGCCUGUUGUCAAGAAUUGGGCCCAUGGCUUUAUAAAACAUUAAAACUUUGUGGUUUUGAUGUGUCUUAAACGCCCCAUUUGUAAUUUGCAUGCACGAUAUAAAUAAAGUAUUACAAAAAACUUGUAAAAGGUACAACUGUAACGUAAAA